ACUCUGUGGGACAUGAUGGUUUGAAGGAGCCACAGAAGGGUCCCACAGUAACAUCUCAAUGUUAAGGACAGAACAGCAGAUCCCAGUAUGAACACCUGACACUGACAUUACAGUGGACAGAGCAAAACCAGACUAAACAGGAUCGGACUCACUGGUUCCAGUCCUCCCACAGCAGAUGAACCUGACACCACUCAGACAUCUCACACUAACACAAGUCUGGGUCAUGGGUUCAGAAUUGAACAUAAAGUUUGAGUUUCUAAAAGUAACUGGAUCAAUGAAGAGAAUUUAAUAUUUCUUGAUGUGUUUCCACAGACCCGACACCCUGGUGUUAAUGGGUCUCAAACGUUAACCUCCAGCAAAGGAGAAGAAGAUGCUUCGCUCAGUUUCCAGUUUACGUUUAAGUCUUAACGUGAAGGUGAAACUAGUCUCCGCUGGUUUCCAGUUCACCUCUGACCUUCUGCAUCUUCACCCGCCGCAGCUCAGCCAGGAGGCUGGUCUGUCCCAGCAGGAGGCGCUGGAGGUGCUGCAGGCUGUGAGGAGUGGGGGGGGGGGGGCCUCUCUCACUGCUCUGGAGCUCCUGCAGAAGGAGGCGGAGACGAGGAGCAUCGUGACCUUCUCCUCUCGACUGGACGCUGCGCUCCGCGGCGGAGUUCCUGUCGGGAAGACAACGGAAAUCUGUGGAACGCCAGGAAUCGGGAAAACACAACUGUGUCUGCAGCUGGCGGUGGACGUGCAGGUGCCUCAGUGCUUCGGGGGGGUCGGAGGUCAGGUGGUCUACAUCGACACAGAGGGCAGCUUCCUGCUGCAGAGAGUCACCGACGUGGCCGCGGCCGCCGUCAGACACUGCUCCUUAUUGAUCGAAGAUGAUGAGCAGCGUGUCGCCAUGACAACUUUCACCGUGGAGGAUAUCCUGUCCAACAUCUUCCUGGUGCAUUGCUUUGACUACGUGGAGCUGCUGGCCGAGCUUCACCUGCUGCCCGACUUCCUGUCCCAUCACCCGAGGGUCCGCCUCCUGGUGAUUGACAGUGUGGCGUUUCCGUUCAGAGGGUUUGACGACCUGUCACAGAGGACACGCCUCCUCUACGGCCUCGCCCAGCAGCUUUUUGCUAUGGCAACCAGAAACACUGUAGCUGUUGUGAUCACCAACCAGAUGACCACGCGGGUGCGUGGCAGCCAAUCACAGCUGGUCCCUGCCCUUGGGGAUAGCUGGGGCCACGCCUCCAACAUCAGGCUCCUCCUCCAGUGGUCAGGGUCACAACGCCUGGCAACAGUUGUUAAAUCUCCAAGUCAUGCGGACGCCACCGUCCAAUACCAGAUCACCUCAGACGGCUUCAGAGACAGUGACCAAUCAGGAGCCGGCUGAUUGGUCGGAGAGUUUUCAAUAUCUGAAGAUGACGAAUCUGCUCGGACAUGUUCAUGAGUUUCACUGUAAAUAAAUAACAGACUGUAAAUAUGUUAAAACUGAUUCAAAUAUAAAGUAAAUAAUAAUAAAUAUUACGUUUUUCAUCAGAAAUAUGCGCACCUCGUCCUGCAGCUCAUUCCGGCGACUCAGCACAUUUCCCCUUAAGAGCAAGUCUGAAAUUGAGUGGUCGUGUUUUUAUGUAGUUUUAUCGCAAUGUCAAGAAUAUGUUUAAGCUCUGGUUCAAGUGUUUCGCUUGCAGGAGAUUCUCUGUGAAUAAUACAGAGCGUGGAAUCUACGUGUGGCGACUUGUAAGACUUUCGCUUUCAGUCCUGUCCCU